AUGGUGCUGAGCGAGACCAAGGUGAAGAGGCCCGCCGCCGCUGCCCUGCUCGAGGUCGUGGAGUGCUGCUGCUGCGGGUUCAAGGAGGAGUGCACGCUCGGGUACGCACGGCGCGUGAGGGAGCGGCACGGGGGCCGGUGGGCGUGCGGGCUCUGCGAGGAGGCCAUCAAGGACGCGAUGGCGGCGGCGGCAGCGGGGUUGCCGGGACCGGGGAGAGAGGCGGCGAGGCUGGAGGAGGCGCUGAGCCGGCACUCCGAGCUCUGCAGGCGGUGCCGGACUCCCGUUCCACCGCGGCAUUCCGCAGAGGAGCUGGUCCAGCGCCUGAAGCGUCUCCUGCGGCGAAUCCUGGACGCUCAGCCCAGGGAAGGAAGCAACUAA